AUGUUUGCUGUCAUCGAAGAUGUUGCUGGGUCUGGCCCUUCCCACAUGCUUGAGUCUACUAUUCAGUACCAAAUAUGGGAACAUCUUGCAGAUUCCUCGGGAUCUUUCCGUCUGCUCAACUUUUCUGCCUGGUUUUACUGGUCCCUCCUCCAUCGCCCUUCACUGAAAUUUUCGACGCCUUCUUUCAUGCGGCAGAGGUACAGCGGCGUGCUUGAAAACCUCUUAAAGAUUGCCGAACUGCUAACAAAAUACGUAGAUGCUUCAAAGGCACGCCGUUCAGUUCUGACUGCUCCCUGCACCGAAGAUGGCAAAUCCCUGUAUAAAGGUUUCACAGGCAAGAAAAUUCUGAUGAAUUUAAUCAUUGGUCGUGCCCAGUUGGAUCAACCAGUAGAAUCGCUGAUGUACUUGUUGGAGGAAGAAACAAUAGAAUUUCGAAUUGAACUAUGGAGAAUUGUUGCCAACAAAUAUACAGUCACCACAAAGAAACUCAGUGCCUAUAGCAUGGCCCUCAAACUGCUGAAGGCACGUUUGCUUUUGAUUUUCUAUCUAAUUUCCAUUGAAUUUCACCGCUCAAAGUGA